UAAUAAAAAGGAGCCAUGGAAGUGACGGAAUUUCUAAGCCGUACUGAUCGCCGAAACUUGAAAUCCCAAAUAGAUUUCCAAGUGGCGCGAAAAAUGCGGGAGUGGUAUCAGGAGGUGGAUAAGCGGCGCUUCAGCCUUGGCAUGCUGCUCCAGACUGAGUCCUUACGGGAGGAUGAGGAGAUUGCAGAGCUUCUCCAGGCACGGGCCGAUGAAGCGGAAAGGAGGCGCCACGAAUGGAUUGAAAUGGAGCGCUUGAAACGAGAGGAAGCCGAAAAAGAGCUGGUUAAAGUAAAAAAACAGCAGAGGGAAAUUGAAAACUCAGAAGCCUAUCGUCAUAUGCAAACCAAGGAAAUACUUUUGGAAACAAAGCAGGCUCAGCUUUAUCAGAUAGACGAGAAAAAGGCCCUGAAACGUCGACAGGCCUGUGUGGAGAUACUUUGGCAAAGGGUCUGGCAGCGUUUGGACGAAAGUCGAGCCAAACAGGAGCAAUACGAGCAGCAGCUCAGAAACAUAAUCGAGGGGCGAUGUCAGGCUCAGAAUUUGGACAGAGAUCGGGAUCAAAAGGCCCAGCUUGCAAAGGAAGUGUUAAACGACCAAAGGGAGUGUGCCACGGCCCUGGAAAUUGCGGCCGAAAUGGACAUUCGAAAGAAAAAGCAAGAACUAAAAAGAAAUAAUGAGAAAAGGCGAAAACAUCUAACUGAUUUGCAGGAUCAAAUAAAACAGAACCUUCAAAUCAACGACACAAAUAUAAAAAAUAACAUGAAGCAGGACUGCAUAUGUAAUAUACUCGAAGAUAAACAAAUAUACGAAGAGCUCAUGCAAAAGCAUUGCGCCAGAGCUCAAAAUCGCGAUUGGCACCAGCGCUACAUGACACACACGGCUCAGGAGCGUGCCAUUGAGGCGGAGCGGUCGGAAAAGCGGGAAAGGGAAUACCUGGGGACUGGGUGUGUUCUCAGCCAACAGCAGAAGCAACCAUAUGGCAGAGAGGUCCGAUAAACCGCUGAAACAAUCAACUUUAUAAGCAUUACUAACCGCCGAUCGAUGGCCAACGCACUCUCAUGUCACGCCUCAUAUUUGGAUACGAUAUUGCAAAUAUAUUUAUGACUGAUAUAAAUCA